AUGGCCGACAGCGAGCCGCGAAAGCGCAGUCGGUUCGACGUGACCGCAGAAGAGGCACCACGAAAGAGUCGCUUUGACAGACGUUCGCGCAGCCCUGCGACUAAGAAUCGCGAGGCAGCACGGAGUCGGUCGCCAGUCAAGAGUGUCGAGUCUCCAGCAGGCGGCGACAAUCACGGCAGUGCGCCAGAAGAUGCUGCAGCAAAGGCGGCGGCGGCGGCUGCCCGCAUCAGCGCACAAUUGCAGAAGCAGAAGGGCAUUCAGCAUGUCGAUGUGCCGCCUAUCCGUACUACCCCCAACUCAGCACCUGGCGCAGAAAAGUCGCCCUCCGCCGGACCACUCAAUGCCGAAAUCUACCAGCAAGAUGGUGACUUUAUUAAAGACAUCGAGGUCAAUGACCUUCGUAACCGCUACACGUUGACUAAAGGCAGCACUCAGAAGAUGAUCAAAGAAGAAACUGGCGCCGAUGUCACUACCCGAGGAAACUACUAUCCAGACAAGAGCAUGGCAACUGCGACUAACCCGCCGCUCUACCUCCACGUCACGAGCACGACCAAGGAUGGCCUCGAGAAAGCCGUCGCGAAGAUCAACGAGCUCAUGCAACAGGAACUGCCAAACCUGAUCGACGAACGCCGCUUCCGACGUCGCGACCCACCAGAAAACCAGCCAGACCGGGAUCAUCUUGGCCGCCGCAAGUGGCCAGAGAAGCGCAUCCCAAUCGAUCUCGAGCCAAUUCCAGGCUUCAACUUGCGCGCUCAAGUCGUUGGUCACGGUGGCAGCUAUGUCAAGCACAUCCAGCAAGAGACGAGAUGCCGCGUCCAGAUCAAGGGUCGCGGAAGUGGAUUCAUGGAACACGAUACUGGACGUGAGAGCGAUGAGCAGAUGUACCUCCAUGUCGCCGGUCCCGAACAAAGCAUGGUUGAUGCCGCGGAGGAGCAGUGCUUGUCGCUGCUGGAAUCCGUGAAACAAUCCUACCAGGAAUUCAAGGAACGCGGUCCGCCAAACCGUGGCCCUCGCGACGGAGGAUAUGGAGGUGGUGGCGGCUACGGUGAGAAUCGAGGAGGUUUCCGUAACCAAGGCGACAGGCAAAACUCUGGAUCUUAUGGUGGUGGUAGUGCCUACGGAGGUCAGCCAGCCGGCGGUGGAAGUGCAUAUGGCGGUGGCUACGAUAGCAGCUAUGCUGCGCAGAUUGGCUAUGGCACUGCGCAAUCUCCAGCAGCAGCAACCGCCGCGCAAGCUCAACAGCCAGCUGCCGACCCUGCAGAGCAGCAGAGACAGUACGAAGCCUGGGCUGCAUACUACCAACAGAAUCCGGAAGCAGAUCCUUACGCUGCAUACGGAGGAUAUGCUGCAGUCAUGGCGCAGUAUAUGCAGGGAGGGUAUGCCAGCUACGGGCAACAAUCUCAGACUCCGACCAUGGACCCCAAUGGCGCAGCGGCGGCCGCCCCACCACCACCGCCCCCAGCUGAGUACUCGAGUGCAGGCUACAACGCAGUUCCGCCUCCGCCA